AUGUCGAUGGAGAAGGACCCGCUCUCGCUGAUGGCCAUGUGGGGCUCCGUGGAGGGGCACAACCCGCAGCAGGGCUUCAGCUUCGAGGGGCCGGAGAAGCGGCUCGAGGUGAUCAUGCGCUUUCAGGAGAACACACACGUAGAUGGACUGCUCGCUCACGAGGAUGGGGUCUGGGCUGAUGCCGUCGGGGCACUUAAUGCACAGAUUGUCUCUAAAGAAAGGAAUGAGUAUAUUCGAUCUUACGUUCUCACAGAGAGUUCUUUAUUUGUUAUGAAAGAUCGUAUUAUAUUAAUAACAUGUGGUACUACUACACUUCUUAAAAGUGUCCCUCAUAUUUUGAAUGCGGUUAGUGCUGUACAUGGUGAGUUGGAGUGGGCCUCCUUUAUGCACAAAAACUAUAGCUUUCCUUGGGAACAGAAGGGACCACAUGCCUCCAUGGCAGAUGAAUUCAAGGAACUCAAAUCAUACUUUCCAUCAGGACGACCUUUUGUUCUUGGUCCCGUGGACGGUGAUCACUACUUUUUAUUUCUCCAUGAUGAUAUUAUUCGCCCAUCUGUAACAGAAAAACGUACCCAACUGAGUAUGACAAUGUAUGGAUUGGAUCGUGAACAGACCAAAAAUUGGUUCUCUGAUCGAUUUCUCUUCACUGGACCAGAGACUGCUGCUGUUCGACGAGAAACAAAACUUGACCAAGUUAUGGAUAGUUCAUGGUUAUUGCAUGACUUAUUAUUUGAGCCUUGUGGUUAUAGUAUAAAUGCUAUUCGUGGGGAAGAGUACCAAACAAUUCAUAUUACUCCAGAGGAUCAUUGUUCGUUCGCGUCGUAUGAAACAAACUCAUCCGCUGCAAACUACUCUGAACGUAUGCAAAGUGUGCUUCAGGUAUUUCGUCCUCUACGGUUUACAGUAAUUGUAUUUUUAUCUUCAGAAAGUGAGAUUGGAAAAGCUUACCAUGCAGAACAUAAAAUUGGUGUAGAACCAGAGUUUUUUCAGGAAUAUGAGUUGCAACACCGCUCACUCCUUGAAUUCUCUCAAGGGCAGACAUCGCUAAAGCUGAAUUAUGUGAGACGAACCCUUGACGAUGAGAUCAAGGAGAAUUAA